ACUGUGAAGCUCGUGCAGCAGUUUGCGGUAGUGUUGUGAUUAUUAUUGAUUAUUGAUUUCAUAUCGAUAAACAAGUCGCGAUGCAGAACAACUGGUCUCUGAUUGGUCCGCUGGAGUGGAUCCAUUACGUCAACAAACAGGUGAAGGUGAAGGCGGGAAAAGAUGAAGAGCGGCGCGGGUAUUUAAUCACAGUGGAUCCGGUGUCUGCCAGCCUGGUGCUGGUGGACUUCAGGGAGGACGGCGGGACCUCGGUCCACGUGGUGAUGGGUCACGCUGUGGAAGAGGUGGAGGUCCUGCAGGACGCUGACGAGGCGACCACCGAGCUCCUGCGCGCCUCCUUCCUGCCCCCCCCGAGGACCUGCAGCCUGGACUCCGAGGAGCUGCUGAGGAGAAGGGGCGGAGUCCGGAGCUGGCUGGAGAAGAACCGGUUCCCUGUGGAGGAGGAGGGGGAGGAGCUGAAGGUGGCGGGGGUCCUGACCAUUCGGGCCCCGUACGGACCUGAAGACUGCUCCAGCUCCAACCAGAUCAUUCUGGACCGCAUCCAGAAAAUGAUCCAGAACCUGGUCCAGACUGAGCCCUGAAUGCAGACCAGGACAGGAAAUCCACCAAUCAGAUCGCUGCUCUGUGUCUGGACCAAUCAAAUUGGACCAGCAGCUCUGAGAGGCCUGACACCAGUUUGACUUUGUCCAAUUACAACCACGGAACAUUGAGGCCCCACCCCCCACGUGCUGAUGUCAUCAGUGUGAUUAAAACGACAAACGUUCAAAAUAAAAGUCUGUUAUGAUGCAA